AUGGGCGUGACGGGCUUCUCCGCCCUCCUCAAACACGCCGCGGUGCCGACACCGCUCACGCAGUUUGCCGGCAAGAGGCUCGCGGUGGACGGCAAUGUGUGGCUGCACCGCGGCACCUACUCGUGCGCGCUGCAGCUCGUCUCGGGCGAGGCAACCUCGGGCCACAUCCGGUACUGCCGCAAGCUCGCCGAGCUGCUCGUGUCGGCAAACUGCCGCGUCCUCGUCGUGUUCGACGGCCGCCCGCUGCCGGGCGGGAGGAGAGGAGGACGGGCAGGAUGCGCCGACGGUCGCUCGGAGGAGGAUGGCUUCUUCGGCGAGGACUUCUUCGGCGAGGGCGGCGCGGCGGGCGAGCCUCCGCCGCCUUCUCCGCUCGCGGGCGGCGGGCUCGAGUCUCCCGGGGUCCAAUGUGUCUGA